AUGGGUGCGUCGGCUUCAAAACCAGCGCGCGCAGCGGCAUCGGCGGCAUCUCGUCGCCAAUAUCCUCUCUGGCCCUCCCCUUCAACUACAACCACGCCCACACCAACACAACCACAACCACAACCACAAACACCCACAACCAGCCGGACAAACACACAAGGACAGGAGAAAGCAAGCACAACACGCUCAGAAGCAAUUGAUCUUGACGCCCGCGACCCCGACUUUGCAGCCUCGCUUCGCUCCAUAGGGCCGGUAACGCCCACACCCACACUUUCACGAAGUAGCACAUUUAAUCAGCCGCGAGGGCGAAACGUGUCGGAGCCUACGUCAGGGAUAAUACGUGAAGAAGCCAUGAUGAAUCCGUCGCUGUUAACCCUGAUGUCGCGGAAGAGGAUAUCUGCUGAGGCAGAGGCUGACAUGGAGUCGUUGGGGACGAGGGAUCACACAGGACGUCGAUUUGUGGAUGUUGUUAGCCUGAAGCAGAUAAUCUCCAUGAGAGAUGGACAAGGGGCUAGCGAGGAGGUUAUUGAGAGGCAGUUUGGGCUGAAGAAGGGGGUUUUGGCGGCCUUGGGGCCAAAGGGUGUGGUAGCGGAUGUACGGUGA